AUUUAUUUGCAUAUACAACCCAGGCACACUUGAAGUUCGUUCUCUUUUGGCAGAUUCUACUAGUUUGAGCCAUAUUCUUCAUACUUAAAAUGGGAAAUAUCACUGGAACAGUUACCAACUCUACAAAUAUGAGUGUAAAGUAUAUAUACUGUGUAUAUUUGUGUCUACAUACACAAAUGAACAAUUGGUGCUGAUAUCACAUAGAUAACAUUUAUUAUGCACCUUUGACUAAGUCAUCUUCAUUCUGCUGCUAAUUAAUCGCAACCAAGACUACUUCUAACAUGCCAAACCUAUCAAAAACUGUAAGUGGUUCUCUUUUUAAAAAAAAAACAGCUCACUAGAGAGAAACUACUUUUCUUUCUACAAAACAGGAAUUUCACCAAAAUUACAUGGGAUAGUUGUCAAACUAAAGUAUCAGUAGUGUCAAAAUAGGAGUGCUCACCAAUUUGAUUUGCAUCUACGCAAAGGUUGAUGGUAUACAAAUCCUACUGAAAGGCUGCCUAUUGGAUCAGGCCCCUCAGGCAAGUUCACACAAAACUGCUGGGUGUGUGUGGACAAAGGACCUCCUUCAUAACUUUUAGCCAAGUGAUAGGGUACUUGCCAAGAACCCUCCCACUUUAAGUCCCCCAUCCCUUUAUUGAAGGGGAGAAGGGAUUUGAAGAGGCACCUCCUACCCUUCAGGUGCAUAACCUAGCCAUGGGACUAUGGAAUAUGCUGGUUUAGGGCUUCCUCAAGCUUGCCUAAUGAAUUUGUUUCAGAUUAAAUAUGUUAAUAAUUAAAUAUUUGGCCAGUGAAUGUUAGAAUGACUGUAUAGUUUAGUGGUUAGGGCACUCCUUUGAGAUGUGGCCAAUCCCUGUUCAAAUACCUUCUACAGUUUAGGAGAGGGGACGUGAACCAGGAGUCUCAUGUCCUGUGAGCUCGCACUAGGCUAACGAUUAUAACGGAAGUCCUUCCCAAACUUCAGAGCUAUUUUGUGUGAGCUAUUAUAGACUGCUUCUGAUCAGGUCCCUGCAAUACCUUCCAAGGUAUCUGGCUGACUGGUGGGUCUCACCCACAUGCUCAGGGUCUAACUACCAUCUUCUUCCACCUCAGACUGGAAGAAAUCUUGAGGUUUUUCUUGCCUUCCUCUGCAGUGCAGGGCAUGGAUCCCUUGCUCGUUUGAAAUACAGUGAACAAUGGAUUCUCUGCAAUUUGCAAUUUUUAUAUCAAAGAUUUCAGUAACUCAGCCUACUACAAAAGUGGGUGGAUGAGGUUCUGUGGCCUGCAAUGUGCAGGAGGUCAGACUAGAUUAUCACAAUUGCCCUUUCUGGACAUAAAAUCUGUGACUCAGGCAGCAGACUUUGGUGGUCUGUGAUUUGCUCUGAGGCUUAGGCAGGAGAUAGGUGCCUGGACACCUGUAGUGAGGCAGCAAUGCACAUGCCUAGAGACAAAAACUUAGGUGCCAUGUGAGUAUAAUCAUGUACAGAGUUAGAUGGCAGCUGACUGGGAGUUUUGUGGAUCACAGUGGUUCCUAAAAAUGGGACUCAGGCACCUAAGCACCUUUAUGGAUUGCACCCUCAUGUCAUUUCUUGAAUUUUAGAUUAAUGAGCGAUUUUUAAGGAUAAUAUGCUAGUCCCUAAUUUGUCUUCUGGAACGAAAGCUGACAGUAAAGGGAGACAGAAAAUUCCCACAUAAAACUCUCUUUUCUUUCCCUGUCAAGUGCUGCUACUCCAUGUACUGGAAGAGAACACUGGGUAUGUCUACACUGCAGUUAGACGCCUGCGGCUGGCCUGGCUGACUUGGGCGUGUAGGACUUAGGCUAAACAUCUACACCAAAAUUAAACAAUCCCUUAGCCCAAGUCAGCUGGCAUGUUUUUUAAUUGAAUUGUAGACAUACCCACUGAGAAUCUCCAACUCUUUAGGCUAGCAGAAGUUCCUCCUGUUGCUUACACUUAAGCGUUUCAUGCCUCUUGAGUCCUUAUUUCAGCAUUCAGGGAGGCUCAGAAUUUCAAGGGAGAAAUUCAGUUCUUUUCCAUUAGGCUACUGCUAGAAACAGGAAACGUCGUUAGAAAGCCAGGAAUAUUCUGUUUUCUGGUAGGAGGCUUUUAUUUUUCUCUCUAAUGGAUUAUUAUUAUUAUGGAUUAUGGUUAGUCCUUAGGAGAACCAUGACCAGCUAACAUUUUUAAACACCACUGUCUAACCUGGGUGCUUAGUUGUGUUUAAAAGCCUGUUAAUUAUCAUAUGCUAGCUGACAUGUUCGCUAAAGAUACUUCAUUUUCCUACACUAGACAGGGACAAAGUCAGGUAGAUGGCUGAUCUAAUAAAAGGUUUCCCCUAUGGACCCAUGGUCUGCUUUUCAGAAAUACUGGGCUCUUAUUGCUCUGAUUUACUUCAAAAAGAGCUCAAAGUGCUGAGCCCCUUUCCGGGGAGCUGCUGUAUAUUUUGUAGUGCCUAGGAGUCCUUGGCAUGUGUUAGGAUACCUCUGUGGUAGGCAAUGUACCACCACAUAAAAAUAAGUUCCUGCCUGGGAGAGUUUACAAUCUCUGAUCGCAAACUCCACCGCAUAGAGGAAGGUAACUGGUCGAGCAUACAUUGGCUCGUGCAUGGAUGAACUAUCCACUUCUUUUUAUGAGCUGGUCCUGGACCAGUUCAUUUUUAAGAGCAUUGCAAUUCCAAGGACGAGCUAGGCUGUUACGAAUUGCUAAAGCCCCGCUGAAGAGUUUACUAAUACAACCGGAACUGCAAUGGCCGCAGCACCCAACAUCUGAUCUGGGUGAAAAACAUGGCUGCAGAUUGGCCCUAGGUUCUUCACAGCGUAGCAGCCAGUUUUUGUCCCGUCCAAAGCAGCGCAUCACCCAGGCACAUUGUUUCUGACAGGCAGCGGCCUGGCCACACCACCAGGCGCUCCCAAGUCUAUAGGGAUGGGGGCCAGAACACCCCUUCCGAUCCCAGUCUUUAGGCACACACGGGGCGCUGCAGGGCUCUGCGAGCCCGGCCAAACUCCUGUUGCAACAGCAGUUGCGGGGACCCAGCAGCUCCGCUGCGCGCGGCCCUGCUUCUCCAGGGCGAUCUUAGACUCCCAGCAACACACGCAGCUGGACGAGCAAGCGACGCGAUCUGGCGCCCGGGCCGCGCAGCGCAAGGAGGACGGGUGGGGGCCCGCGCUGAGGAGGAGCCCGGAGCCGGCCCCGCCUCUCUCCCCUCGGGGAUGCCGGGAUGUUUACAGUCCUGGCAGCAGCAGCGGGAGGCUGGGCUGCUACAGCCGCGGCCGCUUGGUUCGAGCACGGGGAGCCCCGCAGCGAGCGUCCGGCGCGGCCCUGACUCGGCUCCUGGGUGCGGAUCUCUCCGCGGAGGCAGCGAGGCCGGCUCCAGACCCCCGGCGCGAGGAGGAGGAGGGAGACCGAGGGCUGUCUGUGGGUCUACUCAAUAUGGAGAGCUGGAGUGUCUGUUCCUCUUUAGACCCCUGAGGAACUGAAUACAAGAACAUAAAAAGCCCUGUUUGAUACAAUGGAUGAACAGUCACAAGGCGUGCAAGGGACUCCUGUUCCACAGUUUCAACCACAGAAAGCCUUACGUCCUGAUAUGGGCUACAAUACGCUAGCUAACUUCCGAAUAGAAAAGAAGAUCGGCCGUGGACAGUUCAGUGAAGUUUACAGAGCAACUUGCCUUUUGGAUGGGGUACCAGUAGCACUGAAAAAGGUGCAGAUAUUUGAUUUAAUGGAUGCCAAAGCCCGGGCUGACUGCAUCAAAGAAAUAGAUCUUCUUAAGCAAUUGAAUCAUUCGAAUGUAAUUAAAUACUAUGCCUCCUUCAUUGAAGACAAUGAGCUAAACAUAGUGUUGGAAUUAGCAGAUGCUGGAGACCUCUCUAGAAUGAUAAAGCAUUUUAAGAAACAGAAGAGGUUGAUUCCUGAAAGAACAGUUUGGAAGUACUUUGUUCAGCUUUGCAGUGCACUGGAACAUAUGCAUUCUCGUCGUGUCAUGCACAGAGAUAUAAAGCCAGCUAAUGUGUUCAUUACAGCUACAGGGGUAGUAAAGCUUGGAGACCUUGGACUUGGACGAUUUUUCAGCUCCAAAACCACAGCUGCACAUUCUUUAGUGGGUACACCUUAUUACAUGUCUCCAGAGAGAAUACAUGAAAAUGGAUACAACUUCAAAUCUGACAUCUGGUCUCUAGGCUGUCUGCUAUAUGAGAUGGCUGCACUGCAGAGUCCCUUUUAUGGUGACAAAAUGAACUUGUACUCUCUGUGCAAGAAGAUAGAACAGUGCGACUAUCCACCUCUUCCUUCAGAUCACUAUUCAGAAGAACUGCGACAAUUAGUUAACAUAUGCAUCAACCCGGAUCCAGAGAGGCGACCAGACAUAGCCUAUGUCUACGACGUAGCGAAAAGUAUGCAUGCACACACUGCAAGCAGCUAAAUAGACAAAAGAUCAUGAAGAAAAGAACCAGAAAUUUUCAAGUAUUUUUGUGCAAAUCCUCCCACCCCUUUUUCAUCUGUGUUACAUAAAUGUAGUUAUUCAGAAUAGACUGAUGUGCUUUGAAUUGUGAACCAGUUUACAUACAAGCUUCCUGAGCUAUUUUUUACCAGUUGUAGUUUAAAAAUAUACGUUUAAAUGGUAAAUAAAAAACAGAUUUAAAAUGUAAAGUAUACUAUGGAAAAUAGUGGUUCCUGACAACUUUAAAAAUAGUGAUUUCAAAUGUAUUUUCAAAUGUAUUGUGUUAAUAACAAAAUUGCAAUCAGUUGGGAAUUCAGUUCUAAAACAUCAUGGCACUGCAGUUUUGCAUGAUAUAGAUAUUAGGCUUAUUACCUAGAAACAAAAGGUUUGAAUCUUUCUCACUUUGUAUAACUUAUGGAAGUUAUGAAUCAACACAAUUAAUGAGUUUAUUUUAAUUUUUGUUCUACAAGGGAAAUAAUUGUAAGAGAUUUUUUUUGUAUUUUAUAAUGAGUUGUACGUAGUUUGCAGUCCAUCUUCUCAAGAUAAGUGAAGAUGGAAACCAUCUGAUUAGCUGUUCAGCUGAAAUGGCAACUGUUAAAUGUGAAAAAAAGUUUUUUGGCAAAAUUGUCAGACACUCAAAAAUCUCUGUAACUUGUCCCUUUUCUUUGUGUUAUUGUGACUUAAAUUAACCCAGAAAAUUGACUUUUAAGGGUUUGGUUUGGCCAGGUUAAACCACAUACUUCCAAUUUGAUUGGUAUGGCUUGUCCUGCAUACCUGUGCAGCACUUCAUUGACUUCAGUGGGUCUGUGCACAGUCAGAUCCUAAAACCCUUGUAGCUUCCUGUUGUGGUAAAUAGGGUUCGUCUGCACAGGCACAUGACUGUCUGAACAGGCCUCUUUGAAGGAUGAGGGCCUUAAGUUACAACUCCCUAGGGAUUUCUGUUUGUGAUGGUGUUUCUAGAUUUUGUUUUUAAAUCCUUUGGAUGACCUUAUACUACUGUAUUUUUAAUUCCGUCUAAAAAUACUUUUUUAAUCCAAUGCCUAUUGCCCAAAAUACAACCUUUCACUGUAAACAACACGUUCCAUAAAAUACCUGCUUUUGUUAUCUACCUUAUCUUUUUUUUUAUGGCCCUAAAAACAUCAUUUUAUAUGCUAUAAAAGUUACUUUAGCUUUUGUAUUUAAAGAAAAAAAAUCAGUGCUGCUUUAUUUGUGUAGUCAGCAUAUUUGUUGAUUAUACUUUAAAAUGUUAUCAUUUCACCAAUAUUUUAUCUGAGUUGGAAAGUAAGUUCAAAAUAUUUUGGUUACACUUAUAUUGGUCACUGUGUAUGCAUGAAUGAUUUGAUUUAUUUGGAAGUGAAAGUAAGUACACACGAAUACAUUGUACCUAUAAAUACUGAUGAAAAUUGAGGUCUAAUUUCUCAGAAUUUCAAGACCAUAUUUUUAAACAAACACAUAAAGCUGUCAAAGUGGUUCAUUGCUGCAAGGUUGACAAUGAGAAUUUUAUUGAUAACAGCUUUAUUGUUGAGAUGUAGUUUAAAUCUUUUUUGAUACAAAACGUCAGGAAAAAGUAAAAAUUCAAUACUUACAUGUAAAUAUUGGAUCUCUAUACAUUAAGUUCACUAUGCAUUCAACAUUUAUAAUGGUUGUUUUUCCACAUUUACUUUAUUAAACAAGUUUGCAUAGAUAUUAAAAUGAACACUGUGCAGCAAUAGUUCUGUUUCUUUGAUAGGAACCUUCCUUUGAUUUGACAUAAUUAAUAAACAAUAAGAACCUAGCUAUGGAUUUAUAGACAAGUUUCAACACAUAGAAAAGUUUCUAAAUGUUAAGAAAUGACAUUCUAUUGAAAAUUAUUUGUUUUAAAAAAUGCAGUAUAUUUUUAUACAUGUGGGACAGAUCCUCGGCUGCUUGAAAGUGGUGUAGCUGCCUUGAUUUAAAUCAGCUGAGAAUCUGUUUUGUGAUUUAAUGACAAAGUUGCUUUGUUGUAGGAUGAAUCCUUAGUUUUUCGUCUAGCUGUUCUGUGUGUACUGAAUGUAAUCUUUGGGGGCUUCAUUGAGACUACUAUGAUGAGUAAAAAUAGUCAUCUGUAAAUGUUGUCAGGAUUGGGCCCACAUCUUGCCUAUCUCUGUCUGGCAACCUUUACAUUGAGCUUCUAUUGAAUAUAUCAAUUGAUUUACUAGUUCUUGGUGACUUUUGUGUUCCAUAAGAUUUGAAAUUAAAUAAAAUAGUUUGUAUUAAAACAGGGAACAGAGUAGUAUUUGCUUGACCACCAGCAAUAGCUGUUAGUAUGCAAAAUUAUUCAAGUCAUUCUUUUAAUCUGUUCUGUUUCUGAUAAACAACAUUUACAAGGAUUGAAAAAAUUGUACACAGUGAAGUUAUUUCUAUAAGAUAGUCUAUUUAUUUUACCCUCUACUUAGGUCAAAUAUGCACAUCACUUUUCCUGAAGAAACUAAUAUUUUAGGCAAAAAUUAUUUCUGGAAGGCUGUAUGGUAAGAAAAUUACGGGAAUAGUUGAGUUAGAAAACACACCUAAAAAUGCUAAGGCUUUUUUUUUUUUAAAUUGAUGAUUUAACCUUAUGUUGAGUAAAAUAAAUAAUUCUUAUUUUAAAAGCAUUAAAAUAAUGGUAUAGAGAUGAUUCAGUUAAAUCUUAGGUGUUGCAAACAGUUACCCAAUGAAGAUGAAAAUGCUGAGCAGCCUGUUGUAAUAUACUGAAGUUUACAAAGGGUAAAUGAAAUUUACCCCUGUUUAAGGGUCAGGUUCUACAACUUACUCACACUAAAUAGUACUUAAUGUAAAUACACAGAACUACCAUGUAAGUAAAGACUGUAGAAUCUAUCCCUUAAUAAAGUGCCUGACCGCAUAUAAGAAUAAUAAAUAUAGUAAUAAUUAUUACAACCAUUUCUUGAAUGCCUUACCAUUUAAAUAGCUUCUAUUAUAAAACACCAUUCUAGUUUCCACAUACUGUAGGUAUUGUUAACAUUUACCAUAUUUAUUUUACCAGUUGCAUUAAAUGCUUUCCUUUUAAAUGAGUAUUACAUUAUAACCAAAAAUGUGUAAUUAUUCUCUGCCUUAUAUUUCAAUAGUACUGUAAUAUUAUUGUCUUCCUUUGUGAAAUACGGUAUUUUGUUGUGUUUUGAACACCCUUGCUGAGAAGUCUGCUCUUGGUCUUAAACUGCUUUGCUGUACAAUAUUCUAAUAUAAAUAAAACAUACAAAAAUUAAAUAUAAUGUAAAAAUCAUAGCACUUCCAUGAUAGUUUCUGGAGCCUUUCCUGUUACAGAUAGGUAACAUCUAGUAAUAUACAUAGCUUGUGAAUAAUCUGUUGCUACCAGUAAUUGAUUAUAGAUGAGAGUUAUUGAAUGGUGCAAGAGAAAGUUUUAAAAUCUUUAUAAAAUAUAUCAAAAGUGCAGAAAAUAUUACAGCAGGCAUGUUCAUGAUUGCACAAAUGUAAUGCUUUUAGAUAAUACUUUUAAGAGUAUUUUUAAAUUAAAAUGACGGUGUAUCUGAAAAUCUUUAAAAUAAGUAUAUACAUCAUAAAAAAGCGUGAAAGCCCCAUUCCUGCAAGCUACUGCAUAUGGGUGGCCCCUUCUGCCUUCAUGGAGUUCCAUUAAUUUCAGUGGGCUGCUUGUGCACACAGGUUGAGUAAAUAGUAACUGCUGUACAGUGUAUGCAAAUGACUUCUGUUUGUUCAACUUACCAAUUAGACCUUUAUCUUUCACUGUUCUGUAUUGCAAAUUACUGUGCUUUAUUUCUUUUCUGUACAGUUCAGCUGUUCAGAUAGUAAUAAGAUUAGUAGUCUGAUCAUUUGAGUGUUUCUUUCUAAUGGAUAGGAAUUUUACAAAAUAUAGCAGAUGUAUAAAAAAAAUUAAAAAUGUCUGAGAAGGCUUAUGUUUCAUUAAUGUACUAAAACCCUAAAAGGUGAAAGUCUUGGUAGCUGCUUGAAAGUGGGGGAGGUCGUGGUACUACCUGUGCCCAGUGUGAUUUUCUGCAGCAAUCCCCCACCCCCAAAUCUCUACUUUAGUUGCUGCAAAGUAUUGUUGAAUUAGGGUCACGGCAAAAAAAAGAAAAAUGGCAAGGGUGCUGAGUGGAGAGUGCUGUGAUUUACAGAGCUGGGUUAGCGGGCUCUGCAGGUGAAUUCAGGAAGGUUCAUAAUUUACUAGCUGAACUUGAGUGUAUCUGUCAGAAAACCCUCCAAUUUUGAUU